AUGUCAGACCCCGCUGCCGCUGCAGCUGCUCCCAGCAGUGAGAGCGGCGAUAACAACAACAAUAACGCCAAUACUGGCACCACCGCCAGUAACGACAACACAGUUGACACAAUCGACGACACUUGCAACACCAAUCAGACCGCCGUCCCUUUGCUCGACAUUGCCAUUGCGCCGCCCGUGCUCGAGAUCAGCGAGAUCGCCGACGCCAUCCCCAGCCCCGGACCUGGGUCCGACCACAACCACGACCACGACCGCAACGCCAUCCGAUCCGAGUCCGGCCACGAUGCUGCAUCCAAUGCUAACGCCGAGCAGUCCUCCCUGACCUCCUCCGACAUCUCCGUGUCCGUGUCCGUCGCCCUGUCCGUCCCCAGCGAGAGCGAGCCGGACCAGUCGUGCGACGCCACGGCCACCAAUCACGACGACAACAUCCAGCACCGGACCCUCGGCGAACACCAAAACCAAACCGCGGCCGCCAGCCCCAGUUGUCCUGGGCUGCCGCCAAAGCCAGCCCCUUAUCAGCCGCAGCAACCUCAGAGCGCACAACAACAAAGCUUACAACCAUUACUGCAACAUUCAAAGCAGCAGCAGCAGCAGCAACAGCAGCAGCAACAACAACAACAACAACAACAACAACAACAACAACAACAACAACAACAACAGCAACAGCAACAGCAACAGCAACAGCAACAGCAACAGCAACAGCAACAGCAAAAGCCAAACGGCUUAACGACUGCUGCAAACAUCCAUAACGCCACGACCCCCCACAACUUACCUCACCCCCUAGGCAGAAAGUCCCCUCCUCCAUCACGCCAAAUCGAGCCGGGACGCCUACCCGAAGAGCAGCUACGAAAGCUCGACGAGCAUCUCUUCGCGAAGCCGACAGCUCCGGUCAUCGAGAAGCGCGGACGCCCCUGGAAGGGCACCAAGGCAGCCAUCGCCCGCAUCCCGUCCUUCUCGAGCCUCAAGUCCGACAAGUCCCAGGGAGGCAAGUCCGAGUCAGAAGUCGAGCCAUCCCAAACACAAACAUCGACGGCCGCCCCAAGCCCCGAAUUCCUUCCCGAAAUCCCAGCCACUGAGCCGCUCGACAACCUAAUGGACACCAACAAGUACCGCCUGCCGGACCACACCAACGGCAACGGCGUGAAAGCCCAGCCCGACACGCGCGGUGCCCAUAUCGCGCGUGACACACGUCCUCCGCCGCUCGAAGAUGAUGACGACGUGCCGCCGCCCCCCUUGCCCAAGGACACGCCUCCUCAGUCGCGCCGGUCGUCGGUCGUUUCGCCGGGGACGGUCUCCACUACCACCUCCCGCGAGCCCUUCAACGAGAACAUCCCGUUUAACCCCCUUGGUCUGAAGCGGCCCGGCUCGGUCUAUACGCUCUCCAGGGCGUCGUUUGCCAGCCAGAUCGCCCAGCUGACAUCCAUCCAGCUUCCCGAUGCCGAGUCGCUGUCGAGUAGGGUCGCGGCGAUCCCGACCGCGCAGAUGGCUGCUAAGGCGCUGCUCGGCGCGGCUGAGCAGAUCCGCGGGUGGAUCUACAAGGCGUCUGAAGUCAUUGAUGGGCUGGAGGCCGACGAUGAUGUGGAGUGGGCGGCUGCGGGAGGCAGGGAGGGUGUUGAGGAGGUGGAGAAUGCUAUACUGAGGUUUGAGGAGCUGAUCAAGAUUUAUGUGGGCGCCAUUGAGGAGUUGCAGGCGAGGGAGGAUAUCACGGCUGUGCCGCCCGAGGAUCUCAAGAGGGCGGUUAGCCAGAUGGAGGGGAUCACGGCGGAGUGGGCACGGAUUCAUAAGACGCUGAAGGGGGUCAAGACGCAGGUGGAGAUUGCCAUGGAAUGGGAGGAGCUGUGGAAUAAUGUGAUCGGAGAUAUCCAGCACGAGAUGGAUGAUUUGAGCAGGUUGGUGUUCGAGCUGGAGGAGAAGAGGCACAGGUCCUGCGUGGCGCUCGUGGGCGAUGGGCCGGACGUACCGGACUUGGAUACGCUCAUUGAGGAGCCCAGGACUUCGACCGUGCAUCUCCAGCCUACCCCGAACCACCGGUUCAGCAUGACGGCGCUGCCUAUUAGCCCGACCUCGCCCUCGUUCAAUGCCGCGACCCCGCCGCAAGACGACUCGAGUUUGCUGGCGCUGUUCGCGCGCAUGCAGCCGUUGCGUGCGUCCCUCGACUUCCUGCCCAUGCGCCUUUCGGUCUUCCAAGCCCGCGCCGAGAAGAUCUUCCCGACCGCCUGCGAGGAGCUAGAGACGCGCCGGCUCGAGCUCGACGAGAGCUAUCGCAAGCUGGAGCGGGAUGCGGAGAACCUGAGGAAAGAGCUUGGCGAGGACCGCUGGGUGCUGGUCUUCCGCAGUGCGGGCCGUCAAGCGCAGAAGAUGUAUGAGUCAGUCGAGAGGAGCGUGCAUAAAGUGCGGGAAGGGGUUGAGGCAAGGUUGUACCUGACUAACCCUCUGGCGUGGGGGAAGAGCUUGGAGAGUUACGAGGCGAAGAAGACACAUUAUGGCCCGGCCAUUGAGAGGGUGUUGGGGAUCGUAGACAAGGGGUUGAGCGAUCGGUUGACGGUGAACGGGGAAAUUGUCAGGCUGCAUGUGGAUAUGCAGGCUAGAUGGGCGCAGCUGAAGGAGCAGAUUGGGGAGUUGGAUGCGGCGCUGGAGGAGAUCCAGGCCGAGAGGGAGCAUCGCAGGACGGAGCAGCAGCUGCGUGAUUCGGUGAGCAGUAUGCUCUCGGGGGAGCUGUCGUCGGCGUUGGCCAGCGGCAACGAGACACCGCAGACGUCGCCGCCGUCCUCAGUCAUCAUGCCGGUUACCGCCAGGAAAUCGGGUCUUCAGCCCCCCAAGCAGAGGUCUGCUAGCGCUUUGGGCCACACCACGCCCGCGGCAAAGAGACACUCUAUGCUGCCUACCCCGUCGAGCAAGCUCUCUUCCCGCAAACCUCCCGCCUUCCCGGCCUCCUCCUCCUCCUCCUCCUCCUCAACCCUGUCCGUCCCCUUCUCCCGCGAAAGCGCCGUCACUCCCACAACCCAGCGCACAACAUCCCGCCCGCCAUCCAGCCUAGCUACCCGCCCUCGCUGGAACUCGUCCACUAACACCAACGACCUCGAUGUCGGACACAACUUCAAACCGCUCACCCUGACCACGCCCAGCCCCUACGCGAAGAAGACCACUCUCCAAGGUGCGGGGAGAUCCAUCUCUGUCCCCGCUACCCCGUCAUCCUCCACCUCCAAACUCCCCCUCCCCCAACACCACCCCCUCGCCCGCAGCCCCCUUAUACGUGCCACGUCUGCGUCGCCCAUCCCCGAGGAGGCCUUGCUCAACGGAUCCGCGGGGAACACACCCUCGUCCUCGAGUCAGAAUCUCUCCUUCCGCGAGCGCCUCGCAGGUAGCGCCGCCAAACCCAGACUUGCAAGAGGCGAGCCCCUCUCCGCCUCUUCCUCCGACCUAAGCAUCAGCACCACCGCCUCCAGCGCAACCAAGUCCAGCCGACGCGCGUCCGUCCAACCACAGAGCGCUCGUCUCCCCCCGCUAGACUUCAGCAAACCCGACGUCCCCCCACGCAGACCUGCGUCUUCGCUCGCGCACCACUACCCCCCUUCUUCUUCCUCCUCCCACCUUGUAGGCGCCCACUACCCCCCUUCUGCCUCGAGGAGCCGAUCCAGCACCCGCGCCACGAGUACCACGGGCCAGUCCAGGCGUGCGAGUGUGUUGUCCUCUUCCACCUCUACUUCAGCCACCGGCACAGGGACUCCCGCCAGGAGUCCGUUUAGGGGCAGCGUGAUUGGGUUGAACGAGGGACAGGUUGGGGUCGGAGUGGGCGGGAGGGUGAGUCCGCAGGCUUUAGCAGGGGCUAGGGUUGCGAUGUCGAGGGGGGCGAGUAGGCAGGGACAGUAUCCUAGUGUACAGCAGGAGAAGCCUAGGUGGAGGUAUUGA